UACGCUUUGGGGUGUGCCGUGUGCCUAUAUAUAUAUUCAGAACACGUACUUAAUUGAUACGAGCGCAGCUCAAUCAUCAGGACGCUAAACUUGGUUCAAGGUGAUAUUCUAGUCUCUCUAGACUACAUGCAUGACGGGAGGACAUCAGGAAGGUAGCAGCAGCCGUACUAGAGAUGUCCCCCGAGGAAGUGGUGGAAUCACCUACUUCAUCGGAAGAAUCGUCGUCCCACGCCAAUAUAAACCGCAAUGCGUCUCCAUCGGGCCCUACCACAGGAAUAUGCCUCUCCGGGGGAACGUGGAGAAGAAAGAAUGCCUCAACGACAUCCUGCGCAAGGAGGCGCAGAGGCGCAGCGGCGAUCUAUCUUCAUCGGAAAUUAAGAGCGAAUGGAUGAACGAGCUGAGUAGAUACGUGGAUAAUUCACCCGAGUGCUACUACGACUUCAACUCUUUAAAUAAAAACGAAAAGCAUAUGACAACGGAGGAUUUCUUGAGCAUGCUGCUCGAGGACGGCUGCUACAUCCUUCACAAGUUCGUAGUUCGACAGGAUAGGACAGCAGCGGUAGGAGGAGGAGGAGGUAGCGGACGAUACAGGGAAGACAUCGACGUUAACGUACAACGCGACAUCAUCUACCUCGCUGAGAAUCAGAUACCGUUCUUCAUCCUAGACAAGAUCAACGGAAUAAUAGGUUGGAGCGUGACUGGUAAACCUCUGGUAGAGGUGUUCUGCUCGUACAUCGAACGAGAGGUGCUCAACUGGUACGGGUACGCCAUCGGACAGCGGUGGAACGUGACACCGGAACCCAUUCAUCUCCUGCACCUGCUGCACAUACUCCUGAUAGGAUGCCAGAAGCCGCGGGCGCUGACACACACACACCAGGUGGCUACCGGCGCAGCAGUUCCGACGGAGCCGCACGCUGCUCGUUCCCGCAUCGAGGCGUCAUCGGCGAACAUCACCCGGCAGAACGAAACAGCGAUCGAGAUGGUGCCAGUCAUCACGGAUGCCUCGACUACCCAGCACGAGCAGACAGCAGCAGGGACGCGCGCCGCCCAUUCCCACGGCGAGGCGUCAUCGGGGAACCACCCCCAGCAGGACGAAACAGCGAUCGACGUCAUCACGGGCGCCUCGGCGACCGAGCACAGGAAUGAGAAGCCACCAGAGAAGAAGGGGGUGCGCCGUUUCCUUCGUUGGCGCCGGGCCAAGCAAUAUGAAAAGGCCCGCGUCGAUCUCACAGGCGUCGACCUGAUUUCCAUCGCCGAGGGCCCCGGCGGCGAGGCAUGCGGUGCUCUCUCAAUCCUGGAUGUGAAGCUGAUCGGGCGGUGUGGCGGAAUACGACUCGAAUUUCCCAGCCUGUACGUCGAUGGCGAGACAUGGUGCAUGCUAGGCAACCUAAUCGGGCUGGAGCAGAGCAACCCUGACAUGAUCCCGCAGCGUGUCACGGCGUACUGCGUGCUCAUGUCCCAGCUGGCGUGCACCAAGGAAGACGUCGAGCUGCUGGCCCGGAGACGCGUCACCGAUCACCUUAUGCGCAACGACGAAGAUUGUGCCACAAAAUUCGCCGCUCUCUGCGACGGGGUCAACUUCAACCUGGACGACCCUAGCCGCAACUACCUGCAGAAAGAGUGUGUGGCGCUGGACCAACGCUACCGGAGUCGGCCAUCCCAAUGGACAGCGUGGAUGCUGCGCGAGCACUGCCGCAACCCCUGCGUCGCCGUCGCUUCUGUGCUUGCCAUCAUCGCCAUCGCGUUCGGCGUGCUGCAGGCUGUCUAUACGGUCCUAAAGCUCGUGCGAAAGGUAAAAUAACAAUCUGAUUGAGCCUGCAGUUUGUGUGUGGAAAGCGCUCGUAUAGGCAUAUAUGUGUUUGUUUCAAGUCUAUUUCUUAUCUUUUCCCUAUCUUUUCUUCUUAAAUUACUUAUUCCACUUUGAGUGGUCUGUUUAUAAACUCAUAAUAAGAGCUUUGUCCAUCGCCAGACAUAAAGCGUCUACAAUUAUAUAAAAAAUAUAAACAUGUAUCUGUCAUCUACUUGCCAUUAAUUAUGUCAAACUAUGUGGAAUUCUGGAUUGUAUAUUUC